UCCCCGACGCAAGGCAAGGUCGAGUCAGUCGUUGCUGGUCCAUGCAUUACAAGUAGCGCGACAACGGAUCCAUCCAACGGGGAAUUGUAUUGUCGAUGCCAAGACCCUUUGCUUUUGCGAAGCUGGAAUUUUCAGGUGAUCAGCCAUGGAUUCGGAGAGGAGUCGACGGUCGAUUGCCUCGCAGUAUUUUAUGGACGAGGAUUCCACGACGGCUGAUAUGGCAGAAGGAAUCAACACCUCAGACAGGGUGAUUGACUUAAUCAACCAAACACACCUGUUGACGAAGGAUUCCCAGAAAAUUGCUAAUCUCAAACAUGUACAAGAACUGAUUGUGCACAAGGAUCCAACACUACUGGACAAUUUCCUUGAUGAAGUUCUUCAGUUUCAGCAUGACAAGUCAGCAGACGUCAGAAAGUUUGUGGUUGGAUUUAUUGAAGAAGCGUGCAAGAAGGAUAAUGACAUGUUAUGCAGUGUGAUUCCACAUCUUAACAUGAUGCUGAGUGAUUCGGCCCAACACGUUGCAGUCAUCAAGAAGGUUAUCCUGUGCAGCAUGCAGCUCUACAAAAUUGCCCUGAAGUGGUUGGUCAAUGCCAGGACGUUUGGCGAAGAGAUGGAAGCAGUGUGGGACCAGAUACAGGAAAUCAAACGCAAGGUGUUCAUCAUGCUGGACUCUGAAAAUGACGGCAUUCGUACUCACUCCACAAAGUACAUGGAGUCUCUCAUUCUUGUGGAGUCGGCCAGAGUCGCGGGAUCUGAGAUCCCCAAGAAACCAGAAGCAGACAUCUCCCUGGAUCAGAUUCCAGAGGAGCAUGGACUUUUGAAACGUGAGGAGUUGGAGAAAGAUGGCCUUCAUGCAUUUGAGCUAUUACUGGACCUUCUAGCCUCCCCAAGCAUAACAAGCGUCAACUUAAUGGCAUGUAUGGGCUCCCUUACUACUAUUGCCAAGCAGCGACCACAGUUCAUGGCCAGGGUCAUCCAAGCUUUUGAAACUCUUCAUGUAAAUCUACCGCCAACAUUGGCCAAGUCACAAGUGAGCAGUGUACGGAAGCACCUGAAGAUGCAGUUGUUGAACUUGUUGAAACAUCCCUCGUCUGUCAGUCUUCAUUCCAACAUCACUACACUGCUGACAGACUUGGGAGCAUCUGAAGCAGAGAUAUCCAAGCAUAUGCCCAAGGUGCGUGAGAGCUUCAAGCGACCUCGACCAGCGGAUGAUGAAGGAUCAUCAAACAGCAAGAAGCCGAAGACAACCACAGUGAAGACGAUCCAGCAGGUGAUGGAUGAGGAUGAGAUGGGACGGGAAACUCCCCUCCAUCCCACCCUCCUCCCCUCCAUGCCGAGCACCAGCAAAGCCACCAUCCAGGCCCCAGCUAAGAUCUCAGUGGUGGAUCUCUUGGCUGAGGAGCUCACACCGCUGCUUCAGAACGUGGAGAAUGUGGCCAACCUUGUACUCAUCAGCAUGGUGACAUUACCGGAGACUAUGCCCCCACAGUUCCAGGCCAGCUACACCCCCAUUGCCGCGGCAGGGACAGACAGCCAGAUCAGUCACUUGGCUCGUAUGAUGAGUAGUCAGUUUGCUACAGCAGGCAUCAAACCACAGAACAUGGAGAUGCUUGAGCAAGAGGAAGAAGCUGCUGACAAGGAGAACAAGUCUGCCGUGACUCAGAAACCAACCGGCAUUCCUGUCCUAGGAGAAGCAGAGGAGGACACCGGCCGAAAGAAAUCAGGGCUGUCGUUCCAAGCCCCAGUAGGUGUCCCCAAGCCCCGGGCUAGAAUGAAGCAGUUCAAACUGAGUGAUGUAACCGUGCCAUUGGAGCAGAUGGUGGCUAACAAGCUCGUCAGUGGGGCUGUCUCCAGAAUUAUCACCUCCGAAAAAAUGUCUCAGCAGGGAGGGGCAUCCCAGGCCCGAAUCAAGAUUCUUGUGGGCCUUGUCAGCCAGUUCAGCGAAAUGUCUCAGCAGGGAGGGGCAUCCCAGGCCCGAAUCAAGAUUCUUGUGGGCCUUGUCAGCCAGUUCAGCGGUGAUCUUUUUCCAAUGCUGAAGGACCACGUUCUUGAAGAUUUGCGCUCACGCUCGGAGCUGGCCUUUGCUUGGCUGUACCAGGAAUACAGCAGUUACCAGGGUUACAUGCCUCGAUAUUUGGACCAGGAAGUCAGCAUGAAUCGUUAUGAUAAACUGCUGUGCGCUAUGCUGAUGGCACUGUUGGACAGACCAGACCAGAGAGAUGGACUGUUCACACGCCUUGUAAUGGAAGCACCUGUAAUCACCGAGAGAGCUGUCAAAGUCAUCCGAAAGUUCUGUGAAGAUGAGACCCAUUUCUUCACUGGCAUGCAUGCCUUGCGUGAGCUAAUCCUCAAGCGGCCAGCAGACAUCCAACGCUACCUGCAGGAGCUUCUGGAGUUGACAUUCCAUGAACGGACAGAAGUCAGAUCACAGGCCACUCAGUAUGUCAAACGGCUGUACGAGAGACAAGACUUGAAGGAAACAAUUGAGGAGUUUGCGAGCAAGUGUCUCCAUUACUUAUUGAGUGACGUGCCAAACCCCUCCCUCGUCAGUCGGACCUCAGAGGGCGGUGAAGGUGGCAGUGAUUGGACGGAAGCCUCCAUUAAACUGUGCCUGCAUCUUUACCUGGCCUUGCUGCCUAGCAACCACAAACUCAUUCAUGAACUUGCAACGGUUUACGUUGCCACCUCUGCUCUCAUCAAAAGAACUGUUCUACGAGUCCUUGAAGCACCGGUGCGAGGGAUGGGCAUGUCUUCCCCCGAACUACUGUUGCUGGUCGAGAACUGUCCUAAAGGAGCAGAGACACUGGUCACUAGAAUGCUCCACAUACUCACUGACAAAGCCCCACCAUCUCAGGAUCUUGUGAAGCGAGUGCGUGACCUGUACUUGAAGCGUGUCUCCGAUGUACGCUUCUUGAUUCCAGUACUGAUUGGAUUAGAAAAGAAAGAGGUGAUAGCAGCGCUACCCAAACUGAUCAAGUUGAACCCCAUUGUCGUGAAGGAGGUGUUCCAUCGUCUACUCAUGAGUCACCAGGGGGAUAAUAGUGCUGGUCAGAGCCCACUGACACCAGCCGAGCUGCUGAUUGCACUGCACAACAUUGAUACUUCCAAGUGCGAUAUCAAAUCGAUCAUAAAGGCCACCAGUCUAUGCUUCAAUGAGAAGGCCAUUUACACCCAGGAAGUCCUUGCUGUGGUCAUGCAGCAGCUGAUGGAGCAAGGCACCGUACCCACGCUGCUCAUGCGUACCGUCAUCCAGUCCCUGGGCAUGUAUCCCAGACUCAGUGGCUUUGUCAUGAACAUCCUGCAGCGGCUGAUUGUCAAACAGGUCUGGAAUCUGCCCAAGGUCUGGGAGGGGUUCGUCAAGUGCUGUGAGCGCACCAAGCCACAGUCUUUCCAAGUUCUUCUUCAGCUCCCAGCUGAACAGCUUAAGAACGUCUUUGAGAUGAGCCCUGACAUGCGAGCUCCAAUGCUGGCACAUGUCCAGACCUUUACACCACAUCAGCAAGCACACAUCCCUCCGCCAAUCAUGACAGUCCUGGAAACAGAUCCUCUGGCUGAGAAAAAGAAGAUGGAAGAAGAGGAACGCAAAAAACGAGAGGAGGAGCUUAGGAUCAAAAUGGAGGCAGAAGAAAAGCAAAAAGAAGAAGAGCGGCUUCUUCAGGAAAAGCUGGCCGAGGAACGGAGGAAGCAAGAGCAACUGAAAAAGGAGGCUGCUGAAAAGGCAGCCAAGGAGAAAGCUGAGAAGUUGAAAGCGCAGAGGGAGGCAGAGGAAAAGAAGAGGAAGGAAGCGGAAGAAAAAUUGGCAAGGGAGAGGCAAGAGAAGAUGAGGGCUGAGCAAGAGGCCAGCCUGAAGGCAGCGAGGGAGGCAGGAGAGCGAGUGGCCAGGGAGGCCCGGGAGAGGAGGGAGAAGAGGGAAGCUGCCAGGGAAGCUGGGAUCAAAGCCGCUAUGGAGGCCAAGGAGAAGAAAGAAAAGAUGGAGGCUGAGGAAAGAGCCAGAAGGCAGGAGGAGCAACAAAAGGCAGCACUUGCCCGGCAGGAGGAAAUGGAAAAGAAGAAACAAGAAGAGGAGCAGAAGAAGCAGGAAGAAAUCAAGAGGAAGGAAGAAGAGGCUCUUAAGAGGGAGGAAGAAGAGAGGAGACAGCAGGAAGAGCAGAAGAGUCGGCAAGAAGAGGAGAACAAGAAACGUGAGGAGGAGACACUAAAACAGGAAGAGGAGAAAAUUAGACAAGAAGUGGAAGCAGAGAAGAAACGACAAGAAGAAUUGGAAGCGGAGAGGAGGAUAAAAGAACAAAUUCAAGAAGAUCAGGAAAUGCAGGAGAUGGUGACUGUUAAGCAAGAGCCUGAUGAGCUAAAGGAAUUUGAGGCAGCUGCACAUCAAGAGAUGCCCCUGAAAAUUAAGCAAGAGAAACCAGACCAGGAAGCACAGGAAGCCACAGUUGACACAGAGUUCAAAAUUAAGAAAGAGGUCGAGGACUACCCAGAGCAAGAAGCAGUUGAGAAUCCAUUUCAGGAAACGGUGGAAGAUGAAAGCCAGUCCUCUAACCCAGUCGCUUCUGCUGAAUUGGAGAGUGAAGACACUGGAGAUGGAUCUGUACAGUCAGAGAUGCCGUCACCAGCAGGAAGGGGGAGAGGCCGGGGAAGAGGAGGGCGGGGUCGUGGCAGGGGAGCCAAAAAGACAGCAACACCCUCCCCCUCGGGUACACGGAAGAGCACAAGGAAAAAGAACUAGUUGCACCCCAAUGAGAAGUUUUUUGUGAUUUUUUUAUUCAGUGAACUUUGCAGUUUUUGUAAUUUGACAGGAUUCACUGUCAUGUCUUCAAAGCAUAUUGAUAGAUUGUCUCAGAGGUGUCCCUUGGGUGUUGCAAGAGGCGAUGGGCAGAUGUUAUCCCCAACCCCUGUCGUAGUCUACCCCAAAAGAUCAAGACAAUACCUGACAAUAUCUGAGGACAUGUCACAAGCUGUUCAAAUUGCACCAAAAGCAUUUCUCAGUUACUCUUCACCCUGUUGUAUGUGAGUGGUCAUGUCUGGCCUUGUGUUCAGUCUUGAGGUGGUUGUGACUCCAAGGCCACACCUGCUUUUUGUGGGCAGGUAGUUGUUCUUUAUGGUAAAAUCACGACCCCCCCCUCCAUUUUUAUUUAUAUGGUCUAGUGAUGCCCAUUUGUUCUCAUGUCACCAACUGGACAGAAUUUAAUUGAAACCAGGGCUGAUUUGAUCAAGGUCAUUCAAAAAUUGGCAGCAAAUGUGGUCGUUUGAAUAAACUUACUCAAGGUGUAAGCUAAAUGUCUUGUUUAGCAAGUUGUUUUGUCUAACACUUUUAUACUCUUUUGGGCUCCAUAGAGAAAAGAAUUUUCAUCUAGCCUUUUUUCCUAAGGCACAGUUUUGCAACUUAAGGUUGCACCCAAUGAGGAAGUUAUUUGUUUUCAAACAAGUAUUUGAAAUCACACUUUGUUUCUGUUAAUCGAGGUGUAAGCAGUCAGCUGCCAUAUUAACAUUAUGGUACUUGAAGGCAUCGAUGUCUGAUGUUUGCAUUCCAAUAUCCUUUCCCUUUUUUAAUUCAUGUAGUCUACCUUCCUUCUCAAUGUACAGGACACAAAGUUUUGUUAAAUCAAGCAGUGAACCAAAACUCAGUCGUAGAGUUUACAAAAAGAACAUUGACAUGCUUUGGCAGUGUGCAAGUUGCUAAAGCAUUUUAAUAAAGAUAUUUCAAAAAUGUACGCUUGGAAAUUAAAAACAGGUGUACACACAUAAAGAAUCUCGUUUAUGUAGAGUUGCCUCCUGUAUAUUUUCCAAGUAUGGCCCAUUUUAUUUAGUACAGAAAUCACCCCACCACAUAAGGGGCUGUUCAUUUCACACAACGAAAGUCCAACUUAUCAUUGGAACUGAUUCUUGAUUGAUGCAAAAGAUGAAAAAAGUCUUAUUUCAAGAGAUGUUAUUGAUAGCGGUGGAGUGCAGAAAGCUGUGGCUACAUCCACAAUAAAAAAUGUUCAAUUUACAAUAUUUCAUGGGUACAUUCCUGAUGUAUGUACCCGUGUCGAAAAUGAUUUAACUUCCCAAAACUGCCAUUAGCCUCAUGAAAGUUUGCAUAUUAAAAAAAAUCCUAAAAGCUUUA